AUGGUGGAUGAAGCAGCAGUACACCAGGUCUCCCCGCUGUUGGCGCCAAUGUCCAAGGAGGAAGCUCGGCGCUGCUUCUUUGAUUUCAUGACCAAAGUUACACAAUAUGAGGAGCUAGUUGAUGCCGGAAAAAUGUUUCUUGUAAAGUUUCAUCAGGAAUUAGAGCAUUUUCGAAGACCAAUGAUUCCCAUGGAAUCAGGUGCUGUCAGUCAGUUAGUCAAAUCUAACUACACUGAUCGACUGAAGUCCUAUCUUGAAGCAGGCUGCCACCUUCAGCACCAAAGUAUCUGGAAUAUUAACCAGUUACAGUCUUGCGAGGAGAAACUUGAGGACCAUAUAAAUAAAGCUAAAGUUUUGAUUGAAGAACUUGAAUGCCUGGCCGAGGAUGUUUAUAGCACUACGCUAACAGCCAGCCUUAGUAUCUUAGAAGCUUCAGAUUGCUCUAAUGGCGAUAAUAACCUGCCAGCAGAUUGUUCUGAGGAUGAAGGGCAGUCUGUGGAUCCGCUGGACAGCGCAGUAUCUUACUCGAGCGUUAUGAUUCUGGUUCAGAAUAUGUUAAAGCUGGAUUAUUCGAUGCAGGAGAAGAUAGUCAAGGCACUGUGCCUUAAAACACCAUCGUCGGAGCUAGAUGGCUAUUGUCUAAUGUGGGACUUGCGGCCGUAUAUUGAUGACAAUGUGAUGCAGCUUGCCUGGAAAUUCAUUUCUUAG